GUUUGCCUUCCAGCACAGUGUUACCGUGUUGCCGUGUGGCCGAGGGGCAGGGCUGCCGAACACGCUGGGGGAGGUGUUGAUCCCGCACAGCUGUGUUGACGUCAGGCAUUUCAUGACCAGGAAGAAGAAAUGGCCAAGGUUUCACCAGACGUCGCUGAGGAACUAGUUUUCCACCAGACGGAUGACAGGUUCUUCCUGGAGCCAGUCAACUCAAGACAGGUUCUCGUCAUCGACCGGUUAAGUCAUGACAUCACCCUGGAGGAGAACGUUGGCCAGGUGCCUUUUGUGGCCACCCGGAGAACAGUGUAUGGUUUGGUUGGCAUCAUCCACCUCGUAGCUGGACCAUACCUUGUCCUAGUCACCAGGCGGGCCAAGGUGGGCAUGCUUAAUAAACAAACAAUAUGGCGCGUGGAGGGAACAGAUAUAGUGCCCUAUGCCCGCUCAACCACCUUCCUCACACCAGAGCAGAGGCAGUACAAUGACAAAUAUAUUGCUAUGGUACAGCAGGUGCUAGCAACACCAUACUUAUAUUUCUCAUACACAUAUGACCUGACACACACCCUCCAGAGACUUUACUACACUGCAGAAGACUUCCUCCAGAUGGCUCUGCAUGAACGAGCCGACCCAAGAUUUGUGUGGAACCAGCACCUCCUUCGAGAUCUGUGUGUCCAACCUGAAAUGAGUGCCUUCUGCCUCCCAAUCAUGCAUGGCUUUGUCUCUAUCAAGCAGUGCAGUAUCAACGAGUGGUUCACCUGGUCCCUCAUAUCCCGGAGAAGUGUGUACCGUGCAGGCACGCGCAUGUGGAUGAGAGGCAUAGACCCGGAUGGUGCUGUGGCCAACUUUGUGGAGACUGAGCAGGUGGUGGAAUUCAGAGACUUCCGUUCAUCUUUUGUUCAGACUCGAGGCUCCAUCCCUCUAUACUGGUCCCAAGAGCCUAACCUGAGGUACAAACCAGACCCACGGAUUAGAAAUGCAGGCCAUGAAGAGUCCCUUAUGCGGCACUUUGAGGCUCAGGUGCUCUGCUAUGGACGGCAGGUGGCAGUGAACCUCAUCAACCAAAAGGGUCCAGAGGGGAAACUACACAAUGCCUUCCAGCACCUGAUUGAAACAAAUGGAAGUCAGAUGAUCCAUGAUAACGUGCGCUAUGAACACUUUGACUUCCAUCAUGAAUGUCGCAAGAUGAGGUGGGACCGACUCAGCAUCCUUCUAGACCGCCUGGAACCUGACCGUGAGUCUAUGGGAUAUUUCCUGCUUAGAGAAGGGGUAGUAUUGCUGGAGCAGGAGGGGGUCUUCCGUACAAAUUGCAUUGAUUGUUUGGACAGAACCAAUGUUGUGCAGUCCAUGCUGGCACGCAAGCACCUGCAAGCUGUGCUCACUCGCAUGGGGAUUCUCUCAGAACGGCAGAGAAUUGAGGAUCACCUAUCCUUUGAGAAUGCUUUCCGGAAUAUCUGGGCAGAUAACGCAGACGUAAUAAGCACAGAGUAUUCUGGAACUGGUGCCCUAAAGACCGACUUCACUCGCACUGGGAAGCGAACACGUCUGGGACUGCUGAAGGACGGAUGGAACAGUGCCGUCAGAUACCUCAAGAAUAACUUUGCUGAUGGGGAUAGACAGGACAGCAUAGAUCUGUUUCUUGGCAAAUACCAAGUGGAGUCUGGGGAGGGAGUAAACCGACCCUGUCCCCUCAAGACCCAGAAUGGUAAUAGGCUCCUCUUGCUGCCUGGGGCUGUAUUCUUCUCACUUUUAAUGAUAUUUGCCUGUGUCCUUCUGCCCUCUGAGUACACCUCCUUCACCCUCCUCUCACUGUUAUUCUGGGCAGCUAUGAUGGUUGCUGCUGCCUUUGCCACACUCAUGCAGGGCAGGCAGCUGGUUAAUGCACCACGCCUGGCGACACAAAAUCUAACCCUCAGUUCGGCCUCGGCCUGAUUGGUUGCUCCAGGAAGGUGAUGUGGUGUUCCAAUUUUGUACAUAAGAAUUUCAGAUCAAUUUAGUCAUCCCUCUGUAAAUAGGAAAUCACAGACUGAUUUGCAAUAACUUUGGCUCAUUGAUCUAUAAGCACAUAAUUUGAAUAAAUUAAUUUAUAUGUAUUUCUUCAAUUGAAUAUAAUUUGUGUGAUAUAGUAUUUAUGUUUAAAGCUAUGGAAAUAAUUUUUCCUCAUUGUCUUGUAACCAUUUUGACUACUCAGUGACUAAGUGACACUCUCAUGAUUCACUCUCUACACUCUGCCUUACUGCAUUCACUGGUGUUGAGGCUGCACUUUGCAGCUAGCUUAUCAAAAUAAAACAUAUAAGCAGAAGUGUGUUAGCAGGGCAAUGUGGUCUCAGAUUCUUCACAUUCAUAAGUUUGAGGAUCAUGUAGAUAUCCUGUUAUACAACAAGUGAAUUUCCUCUUCAAUAACAGCUCUCAGUGUCACCAGCAUUGCACAGGAUUAGUGUAGUGCCUCAUCCAAGUGAUGUAUACAUUUGCAAAACCUAAUUGUACCUUUGCCUGUAAAUGUUAAUGUUUAUAGCAUGUUUGGUGAAGCUCUUCAAUACAGUUGUAAUUAUUGAAACAUACUAAGAAUUAUUAUGAAGUACAUUAUGCACACAGUGAAGUCUGCAACCUAUUAUCUCAGGAAAUCAUAGAGAUUAAAGAUUUUUUCAAAAGUAAG